GAGGGGGAAAAAAAGAGUGGAGGAAAUAGGCUGUGCCAGAUGAGAGGUGCUGUAGAUGAGAAUUCUUGCACAAAUAAUAGGAAGACUUAAAAAAAAAAAAGUGAGAAAGCCAAGGACACACACAGUAGAUGGCACACUGAAACUCUAAAUACUGCUGAAGUUCUUGUUAUUGAACUGCUGAUCUGAAGAGCACUAAGCCUUAGUGCUUAUAACAAAACCAUUAAAUAAGCUACAGAAAAACUUCUGUGUUCUGCGGCUUUGUCUAUUCCUGGUGAUGUUCCAAUGCAGUUGAAAACAAAAUGACACGUACGUGAUGCAAACUCGAUGGGAGGCUCAUCUGUUUCACUGGGAACAGCGGAGAUGUUUUCAAACUGGAGCGCUUCAAAAACAUGCAAAGUCAGCAGUGUGUGCGAGGGGCAACGCUUCACCAUAACUACAAGAGAAUAAACCAGAGAGACCUGAGGACACUCUGAAGACACUGAGAAGUUGCAGUCCUUUAUUUGGAAUACACGUUAUGAACCCUUUCUGGAGCAUGUCUACAAGUUCUGUGCGCAAGAGACCUGAAGCUGAAGAGAAAACUUUGAGUGGAGAGGUGCGAACCAGUCCUCUACGAGCCUCUACAAAGAAACAGUUGCCUUCUAUUCCAAAGAAUGCUGUGCCAAUAACCAAGCCUGCUUCACCUGCCACGUCAUCCCAGUCGACAAAUGGAACACAUGCUUCUUAUGGGCCUUUUUAUUUGGAGUAUUCCCUCCUUGCAGAAUUUACCUUGGUUGUAAAGCAGAAAUUGCCAGGUGUCUACGUGCAGCCAUCUUACCGAUCAGCAUUAAUGUGGUUUGGUGUAAUAUUCAUAAGACAUGGACUCUACCAGGAUGGUGUGUUUAAAUUUACUGUCUAUAUUCCUGAUAAUUACCCAGAUGGAGACUGCCCGCGCUUGGUUUUUGAUCUGCCUGUCUUCCAUCCGCUGGUAGAUCCUUUGUCUGGUGAACUGGAUGUGAAAAGAGCAUUUGCAAAAUGGAGGCGAAAUCAUAAUCACAUAUGGCAAGUAUUAAUGUAUGCUCGCAGAGUCUUCUACAAGAUUGAUACGACUAGUCCUCUGAACCCUGAGGCUGCAGUGCUGUAUGAAAAGGAUGUUCAGCUGUUCAAAAGUAAAGUGGUGGACAGUGUCAAACUAUGCAGCAGUCAUUUAUUUGAUCAGCCUAAAAUAGAGGAUCCCUAUGCAAUCAUCUUUUCUCCGUGGAAUCCAGCUAUACAUGAUGAAGCUAGAGAGAAGAUGUUGACUCAGAAGAAGAAGCCAGAAGACCAGCACUGCAAAAGCACGCACGUUUCUGGGCUGUCGUGGGUAAAGCCUGGCUCGGUUCAGCCUUUCAGCAAAGAGGAGAAGACGAUGCCUACUUAGUUCUUCUGGAUGAUGGUGCACAAAACACUUUCUGUGGGUGGAGGGAAUGUGAUGGAGGGAGAAACAGCAAAGCAGUGGUUUCCUUCUUGACUACGGACUAGUGAAAACUGAAUGGUAGCAGUGACUCCAGUAAACCUGUUCAAUGGAUUACUGACUCUUAAUGUUUUACAUAUGCAUUAGGUUUUAAAGGCUUGCCUGGAGUUUGGAAAUCUCUCUUGAACACUGCAGUACUUCUACCUGAAGACUGUCUAGGGUGGGUUAUUCCUCAGGGCUCUGAAAUGCCUGGAGGUUUUGGGUUGGUUUUUAAGCUUUUAUUUUUUUCCCCUCCAGGAAUAGCAAUUUUUUAAAAAAAUCUUAAAUUCCUGGCAGAAAUAUUAGCAUUGGAAAUAUGAUGCCAGAGGUAAGCUGUGUUCAUGUAAACUAAUAUAGCAGAGUUAAACACUAUAUUUAAUGGUUUUAAAUACUUUUGGUUUCUAUUGUAAAUAUAUUAGGAUUUGAAAUUGUAAAUAGACGGUUCAUUGACUCCAUUUAGCACUUUCCAGAGGUAAAGCUGGGGAUGAUGUAUGAUGUAUUAUUGAUUUGUAAAUGGCUGUUGUCACUAAAGCGCACAUUAGUCUGACAAGGUGAAACAGAAUGUCAGGCUUGUUAGACUUUAUUACAUAAACACUAAAAUCAAAGCUUUUAAUGGUGGUCUCUUGAGCUAAUAAAAUCUUAGAGGAUUUUAGAUUCCCUAGGUGUCUAGGGGAUGACUUAGGAUAGCUUGACUAAUGUGUGUUAAUAGUGACAUCUUAAAAUAAAAAGAAACCAUGAUCUAG